CUUUUUGUCCCCGGCUUCCUAUCUCGGCGUAUUCGCGAGAGAUGGCGUACACCUGUGACUGACACUCCCCUCCCAAGCAGAACACCCUACUCAAUCUGAUGGCAAACUCUCUCUCAUAUCCGACCUGGGGCACUGCUGGGCGGAGCGUCAACCGGCACAUCCGCAGUCGGAGACUCGUACAGCAAGAUUUGUGCAUGGAUCGAGGGAAUCGAUUGCAUUGCUCUUCACCUACUCCGCAUACCUACCUACCUACGCGUAUCCAUUUGACUUCCUCCGACAUACGAAACCCAUCCCAGAGCAUCGAUGAAGGAUCGAUCCCCAUCUGACCAUAUCGUCGUGUAAUCCUUCAUUGGUCUCUCCAUGCCCACCUACACACUCAAGCUCCCACCAUGCUGCGAUUGUUCAGACAUGUCCAAGAUCAGUAAUCACACCGGGGUGCCUGGCUUUGCAAGCUUGCCCAGACACCCCUCCUGGUCGUCAUUGCGGCUGGACUCGCGCGUAAAGUGACACCCAAGAGCUGGGAGAGAACCGGAGGCGGAGUCAUAGGGGACAGCAAAGCCGAGGCUUGGUUUGCUUGGAUGCUUACUUGCUUACAACUACUUUCCCACGGGCGAGUGAGAGCAUGUCGUGGAUACCAGUGCACUCGGUACAAAACGUCGUCCGAUUCGGCGGAGGGGGAGUUACGUCUGUGUUCAGUCACUUGCAUUCGCCAAUGUGACCAAUCCACUUGGGCAAACACAGGGUACAACUAACUAUACAUAUAUCCGCAGCAAAUCCCCCUGAGGACGACAACAUUACACCCAUCUGUCGCCCGACGGAUACCACCACCGCCGAGAGGGAAACAAAAAUGUCUUCUCCUAUCACAUCCCACACUUUCACCUCCCCAGCUACCGCAAAGCCAUACACCUACCUCACCGCCGGCCCCUCCAAUGGACCCCUUGUGGUCUUCCUCCACGGCUGGCCGGCGAUCGCCUUGACAUGGAAACCCCAAUUGCUCUCACUGUCGAGCUUGGGCUUCUACUGCGUGGCCCCAGACAUGCCCGGGUACGGGGGCACCUGGACGAGCGACGACCCGAGCGAAUUUGCGCUGGAGAAGAUCGUUCCGGAUCUGCUGGAGCUGCUGAAGCACCUGGGCCGCAGGGAGGCCCUCUGGGUCGGCCAUGACUGGGGCUGCGGGCCCCUGUACGCCCUGGCCAGCCACCACCCAGAGGUAUGCCGCGCGAUCGUGGGCAUCUCUGUCCCGUACCGCACGCUUGAGAUGGGUCUGCCGGCGCUGCUCGACCUCGUCGACCGCGACCUGUACCCGGAAGGCGAGUUCCCCUACGGCCAGUGGGACUACCAGGUCUUCUACGAGCAGGAGCCCAAGGCGGUCGACAAGCAGUUCGAGUCCAAUGCGCCGCGCUACCUGAAACUGGUGUAUUCCAGAGGCAGCCCGCAGAGCGGCCACGAACGAGCCCGCACCGCCCAGGUGACCAAGCACAAGGGCUGGUUCGGCGGGCCCGACGCCCCGACCCCGGACCUCCCGCUGGAAAGGACGGUGCUGGACCAGGAGAUCUACGACGCCCUGAUUGCCAGCGUCAAGAAGAACGGCUGGAAGGGCGCCACGGCCUGGUACCUGAACCACGCGGCCAACCGCAAGUACACGCUCGAGAAGAGCGUGGACCACGGCGUGCUGAAGAUGCCCGUCCUCUUCGUCCACACCGCCUACGACGCCGUCUGCCAGACGGUCGACAACCCCAAGUGCGCCCAGGCCAUGAGGGACCACUGCCGCGAUCUGACCCAGUUCGUCAUCCAGGCUGGCCACUGGGGCAACCUGGAGUGUCCCGAGGAAGUGAACUCGGGCAUCACCGGCUGGGUCAUGGAAAAAGUGCAGGACUGGUGGCCGGGUCCAGAGCUGAAGAGCCGGCUAUAAAGUGUUGUGAAGUAUUUCCAUAGGAAGGAGAGAGAGCUCUUCCCAGA